AUGUGUGUGAAACAUCCUGGCAAUGUCUAUAUAAAGUACUGUGAACCUUGUCAAGUUCCUGUGUGUGAUUCUUGCUUUGGACAAAGUAAGCACAAUCUUCUCAGCAUACAAGGAGUUUAUAAAACAAAGCGACAACAUCACAAAGGAACCAUUCACAACAUCAGAAGUGAGGCUCUCUUUUACAGACCUGUUCUCCUGCCAGGAAUCACAGAUGAUAUCAAAACCUGUCGCACAGAAUUCUCCCGCUAUCAAUCAGAGAUGUUAACAAAGGCCCAGAAACUGAGAGAUCUCAUUGACUAUGUGCAAUAUGAUCUAUUGAACAAUGUGUUUUGUUGCUUCGAUUUCAAGCACAGGUGUUUAAAACAGAUGAUAGAAAUGAGCAGACAUAUUGUCAGCCUACAGAGAUAUGUACACAUAUAUGAACAGAGGAGAGUAAUCAGACCGCUACAAUUCCUCUCCUCCAUAAAGACAGCCCUUCCCCAGAUACAUCCUACACUCCACACCAGCCAGCUCUCCAUGACUGAGUCACUCAACAAGGAGGAUGUGAUAUAUUCACUAAGUAUGAUCCAAAUCACUGAGAGAGGAAACCGACGCGUAGAAAACGAGUGUCUGCUGAAACUGACGUCUGGUGCUGAGUUCCAUAAAUCUCUCAAAGUGACACAAGCUGAUCGGUGUUUACACAUUUCCUGUGUGACAUCAGACCGGGUCUGGGUCAGUGAUAAUGAAGGCAAUUUCAUCUUGACAAACACAACAGGUGUUCCUCUACAUCGUGUUCAGGAUUUAUUUGACUGUGAUUUAAUUAAUGGUAAUGGAUUACACACAGUAAACAGUAAGCAUGAACUGAUCUAUAUAAAUAAGAAUGAUAAUAUCAACAAACUGUCAAAGGAUAUGAAAACAACCACCACAUUUAUAGAGAAAACAGACAGAACAUGGAGACCACGGUGUGUAUACUGGUCCCCAUCCACUGGGGAUCUACUGGUCGGGAUGUGGAACACUGGUAGACAAAAAAGCAUGGUAGCCAGGUACAACCAGAGUGGACAGCUGACACACGCCAUACAGCACGACAACAUAGAUAGGCGACUGUAUAGCGCACCUAACUAUAUAACAGACAACAACAAUGGGGAUGUCGUGGUGUCUGUAUUUAGGGCGGUAGUUGUGACAGAACGUGGAGGAAGACAUCGUUUCUCCUACGAAAGGAAUCCAUCAGGAUCAGUACUACAACCGUAUGGAAUCUGUACUGACGCGCUGUCACAUAUUCUGGUGUGUGAUGGUGUAACCCACACAGUACAGAUGAUAGACAAGGACGGUCAGUUCCUGUCACAUCUACUGAUAAGACCAUCAGGAAUUUUCUUACCAUACAGCCUGGGUUAUGAUGUCAACAACCACCGUCUCUGGGUCGGAUCAGAGGACAACAACAUGGUGUGUGUCUACAGGUAUAUCAUCAGACAGGACGAUCUGACAGAGAACAACAAUGGGGAUGUCGUGGUGUCUGACGCAUUGAGUGCUGUAGUGGUGACAGAUCGUGGGGGAAGACAUCGUUUCUCCUACACGGGACAUCCAUCCGGAUCAGGACUACAGCCUUUAGGAAUCUGUACUGACGCGCUGUCACACAUCCUGGUGUGUGAUGAUAAAAGUCACACAGUACAGAUAAUAGACAAGACCGGUCAGUUCCUGUCACAUCUACUGACAAAAUCACAAAAGAUGGGUAAUCCAUGGAGUCUAAGUUAUGAUGGCAACGCUCACCGUCUCUGGGUCGGAUCAGACAACAACAAGGUGUGUGUCUACAGGUAUAUAGAUAGACAGGACGCUCUGACAGAUGAUGAUUCACCCUUCACUGAUUUGGAUGCCUUGUUCAAAUCAACAUCAGCCGUAGAAUGGAGAUAG